GGAAAUGAUGGAGAAGGAAAGUUUCUGACGCCGCUCAGUUUGGGAUGUGUCCGGGGCAGCGGCGGCGGCGGAGAUCACUCUGCGUGUUUGCCUGUUCUGUUCUCACCAUUACGCACGGAUAACUCUCUGAAAAUCUGUAUGGAUUUUAAAUCAUCAGGGGCUCCGACUCUGAAAUGUCUCAGGAUUGGAAAUGCAGCUCCACGCCUGUCUGUUGCUCUUUAUUAUCACAACAGGUAAAGUAUUGGCCUUGUUGGAGCCCCAGUGUGGUGGAUCUGUCCACUUGGACCAGGAGUCUACUGGUCACAUCAGUCUCACUUUACCAACAGGCACUGCCAACACCGCCAGGCCGAGCCCCAUAAACAACCAGACUGAAACAAGCCUGCAGGUCACAGUUUGCACUUGGACGAUAGAUAUUCCACUGGGUCAAACGGUACAUUUAGAGUUAGCAUGGCUGGAGAGUGGUUCAAACCUAUCGGUGCGCUGUGUUUGGGAUCAGGAGGAGCAGGUUCUGGAGACUGGUGGCACUGCUCUGCUCUCCAGCUGUGACGAAAACAAAGCUGCCCUUACAUGGAGAGGAGCGGGACACUCUUCAAAUAAGAUUCAGCUGUCCUAUCAUGUCCAGGAAGCUGAGAGGAAUUCCUCAGAGCACCCCAGCAGCCUCGGUCCACACCAAGGCCGCUCCACUGCCAUACCUUGGUCUCAGACAGGAACCAGCUUCACAAGCAAGGCUCCCAUUGCACCUCAGCAAGGUCAGGAGGCAGUACAAGGGACAGAAGAGGGCAUAGGUCACCCCUAUGUAUGGCAGGGGUGGAGUUCUGGGCCUCAGACCAGGUCUGCUCCCUCCCUACAGGACCAGGGGGAGCGGAGCAGCCCCACUCCCCUGCCAAGUCUCACCAUGGCUGGGACAGCAGAUAGGGAAACACCCCCUCUUCCUCAGGAAGAAGCAGACAAUGGAGCGGAUGUGUCUGGGGUCGCUCACAUCACUGAGGGUCACAUGGCUGCCAAAGAGAGCACACACCCCUAUUUUCAAACACAACAUACAAUGACUAUGGACACGCUGUCUAACCCAUCACAAACACUGAGCAAAGAAACAUACUCUCACAUGCCACACACAUUACAGAGAGACACACUUGCUCAAACCCAGAAGACACUGACAGAUGCAGCAGACAGUCACUCUAACACAGUGCUUGGCACAAACAUGGAUAAAAAUCCAGUAAUUCACACAUCUAAAUACACAGACGGACAUACAGCUACACACACACUGCAAAUUGACUCCACUGGAUCCAGCACCAGUGCCCUGCCUCUAACCCCUUCUCCCAAAAUGUCCUACCUGAGGUUUUGGGCAACUGGUACCACCAUAAUCCCACAUGAGUCUCCUGGAGAGAAACAGGCCCCAGCCUGGAGGAGCCAACGAAGCACUGACAGACUUCACUCCAGCUUGGUCACCUCAGACCCCUUAAAGUCGCCCAGCAACCCCCAGUGGAACAGCUCUACCAGUAUUGUAACCGCUGCGUCACCACCGUCUUCACAUGGCAGGACUAAUCAAUCAUCUCCCACUCACAGAACGGAGCUGGACACUUUUGUUGGAACAGCUGCAUCAUCAUAUCCAUUCACAGGACGGACUGUCACAUUUGCAUCUGCUGCAUCGGACAGUACCAGUCACAUUGCUGCCUUUGGUUCCUCUGAUAGAUUUGAAAGCUCAAAGAUGCUUCACACUCCGCCUCCCAGCCUCAGUCCUGCUGCCACACACAGCCAAACAAACUCUCCGCAAGACCAGCACACAGGCAGUGACACACACUUUCUGCCUUCUUACACAUCAUCCCCACACACACAAACAAGUAGCAAUGAGACACACACAGCACCAAAAAAUACACACACAGCAACAGAUUUCAUUACUACCUAUACAACCUCAAACCCUUUUAUCCCUAAUGAGUCCCCUAUCUCCUCCUCUGAAAAUAGCUCCGACAUCGCCAACUGGACUUCAGGUUACUCAGGCUCUCCUUCUACACCCACAGCACAGGACUCAACUGCCAUGGAAACCACUUAUAAUAACUUGACAGGCAAUGAGUCUUUGCAAGGUGAAGGGACUGACACCAAAACUUACACACCGCUUCCCACUCACUCAGUGUCUCGCGAUGUCUCGCAUACACAUGCACCCCUACUAACCAGCUCGCCAACUCAUGUUCCCUUUUUGCCAUUCACGGCUACACCUGGUGGUGCAUCCACACCCUCAUCUAUACCCAAAUACAUGUCGCAAACAGAGACUACCUUGCCUACUGGUUUACACACCACUCACACACCCUUGCCUUUGACCCCUUCUACCACUGAAUCCCCGACACACACACCCCUCGCCGACCACAAAGCCAUACCUACAUCCUUACAAACGCCAACACUCAAAUCUUCAUCUACACCUCAAACAUAUUCCCCGGUGCCUUUGACCUUGUCACCAGAUAUGUCCCCUACAUUUAAACAGUCACGUGACUAUAUUACUACCACACACACCACCCUGCCCUCACACACAAAAGCUGCAAACACAGAAUCUGAACAUGGAGGAGAAAAAGGGAACGAGCACUUCAUCGUAUCUGCAGCCCCUUCGCAGCAGUCUUAUGGUGGCCCGACCUCAACCACACACUCUCCUACAGCCAGAUCACCACAGCAACCCCCAUCGUGGACUGAGCCAUAUCCCAGCCGGGAGAGCCAUCUGGGGCACACAACACCCGUCUCCGUCCCUCCACCCACCUGGAGAUCCAGAACUACUCUGAAGCCCAAGUUUUACAUCGUUGCAGAUCAACCUGCAACCAUCAGAGUGGAGUCCAUUGAACUACUGCUGCAGAUCAUUGUAGAAGAGUCCAACUCUGCUGUCACUGCUGGCCUGGAGGAAGACACCACUGCCUGGUUGGAGCCGUACCUAUUGAGGGCCCCAGGGUUCAGCAGACUGCAGGGAGUCUGGAGCAGUGGUGUUGCAGUGCAGAGUGUGGUGGAGUUCAGAACCAGGGGUGCCCUGGACUGGCUGGGGGUUGCAGGACCUGCAUCACUGCUGGAGCGAACAGGACUGGCUCAGGCUGUUCGCGAGGGGAGGCGUUUCCGGUCGUCUAGAAUCACCAACAUCACGGUGGGAGGUCUACAGGGCGGUGUGUGUGACUGGUUGCUUCAGUGUCCAGCAGGUUAUGAGUGUGUGUCCCAGCCCAGCUCGACAAACCACAGCUGCUCCUCUGUCUGCCACUCUGACUACUGCCACCACCACGGCAUCUGCACGCACCACCCAGACCAGCUUCCAGUGUGCCGCUGCCUUGUAGGAGAUGACUUCUGGUACAUGGGCCAGAGGUGUGACAUGAAGAUGACACGAGCCCGGCUGGUGGGUGCAUGUCUCGCCAUCUUACUCAUCAUGGUGACAGUAAUCGCCAUUCUGGCACUUGUGGCGGUACGACGCUACCGAGCCAUGCUGAUCCAAGCCAAAGUGGACCAGACUCGGAGCAGCUAUCGCAGGUUCAACCAUUUCGAUGAGCUGUCAGGUCGGUUCUGGCUGCGUUCAUUGGCAGGAUCAGCAGACUCGUUGGAUAACCCGGCCUUCACGCGCUCAGAUGAGUUACUACACCUGCGGGCACUUGACCGCCCUUGCUGUUACCACGACGACACACUGUCGCUGGCUUCGACAUGCCCCAGCCACGGCACACGCAUCAAUACAGUCUACCCUCACAGCUCCCAGUACGGCUGGCGGGGCAGCGAGAUGAGCAUGGGGGACUGUGUGUUGGACUCGGGCAAGGCCAGCGAUCUGUCUGUCUGUAGCUGGCCUGUGGAGCCCAUCCAGUGGACACCCUUCCCUCUUCUACAGCAACUGGCUUCGCACAGGACACCUACCGUGAGGGCAUCCAGGCCGCGGUCGUACUGUGAAGGCAUGGAGCUGGUAGACCUGGGGAAGAGCUGGACUGCAUAACACACACACACACACACACACACACACACACACACACACAGAGAGUGAGUGAGUGAGUGAGAAAGAGAGAGAGAUAGUGAGAGAGAGAGAGAGAGAGAGAGAGAGAGAGAGAGAGAGAGAGAGAGAGAGAGAGAGAGAGAGAGAGAGAGAACCAUAUCACGUCUUUUCUGGUUCCUUUUUUGUUUUCUGGUGCUGCAAUAAUCUUUCCAACAGUUUUGUUCUGGUCAUUAAAAUUGUGAAAAAGGU